UUGCAAUGCAUUGGUAAGGUAGGAAGGAAAACCAAAAUGACUAGAUCAGUUGUAAACUUAGUUCUCCUAUCUGCCACAAUUUUCAUCUCAAUUUUCUCUGCAUCAUCAUCAGGUUCGGCUAGCCAUGAAGAUUUCCUUCAAUGUUUUCAGUCCGGUCUAGGAGUUAACACCAACACAAGUUCAGGAAUAGUCUUCACCAAAACCAGUUCUUCUUAUGAACCUAUCUUGGAUGCUUCUAUAAGAAACUCAAGAUUCUUGGCCACUUCAGUCCCAAAACCAAACUUCAUUGUCACUCCACACAACCUUUUCCACAUCCAACUAGCACUGCGAUGUUCCAAACACAGCAACCUCCAAGUCAGAGUUCGAAGCGGUGGCCAUGACUAUGAAGGCCUCUCUUAUGUCUCUAAUGUUCCAUUCAUCAUCAUUGACCUUUUCAACCUCAGGUCCAUAACCAUUAACAUGGAAGACGAAACAGCGUGGGUUCAAUCAGGUGCUACUCUGGGAGAACUCUACUACGCAAUUGCGAAUAGAAGCAAGGUCCAUGGCUUCCCUGCUGGGAGUUGCGCUACAAUUGGCAUUGGAGGACACUUGAGUGGAGGUGGAUUUGGCACCAUCUUCAGGAAAUAUGGCCUAGCAGCUGAUAAUGUGAUCGAUGCGCAGAUAAUCAAUGUUAAUGGGACGAUACUGAACAGAAGAGCAAUGGGGGAAGAUCUGUUUUGGGCCAUAAGAGGUGGAGGAGGUUCAAGCUUUGGUGUCAUCACAGCAUGGAAGAUCAAGCUUGUCCAAGUUCCAUCAACAGUUACCAUCUUUGAGGUUUCAAGGAAUCUUGAUGAUGGUGGUUCUGAGAUUUUCACCAAGUGGCAAACCGUUGCUCCAAAGCUUCCUGCAGAACUCUUUCUUCAUGCAGUUCUUGGAGUUUCCAAUUCAGCUUCUCGACUUGGUAAUAAAACUGUGGUGUUUUCUUUCACGGGAAUGUACCUUGGAACCGCAGAGAACCUCCUCCCUUUGAUGCAGGAAAGUUUUGCAGAAUUCGGGUUGAAGCGAAGCAACUUCACUGAGAUGAGUUGGAUUCAAUCUGUUCUUUAUUUUGCAGGUUUUUCAGUGGACCAGUCCUUGGAGGUCUUGCUCAACAGGAACAUAACAUCAUCAAGUUUCAAAACAAAAUCUGAUUAUGUAACAGAACCGAUUUCAUCUACUGGUUUAGAAGGGUUAUGGAAGAUGCUGGUUUUGGAGGAGUCACAAUUCAUGAUCCUGACACCAUAUGGUGGAAUAAUGAGUGAGAUUCCAGAAUCAGCAACUCCAUUCCCUCACAGAAAAGAUAUGUUAUAUGGAAUCCAAUAUUCUGUUAGUUGGGAUUCCAAUGAAGAUGCAACUAAGUACAUAAAAUGGAUAAGAACACUCUAUGAUUACUUAGCGCCUUAUGUGUCAAAGUUGCCAAGGCGAGCAUACUUGAAUUACAGAGACCUUGAUUUGGGCGUGAAUGGUCCGAAUACAAGCUAUGUUGAAGCACAAUUUUGGGGCCUCAAAUAUUUCAACCAGAACUUUAAGCGGCUAGUAGAAGUGAAGGCUAGAGUUGAUCCUGAAAAUUUUUUCAGGAAUGAACAGAGCAUUCCACCUUUGUAGAGGUAUCAUCAGUGCCCACUAAAAAAAGAAUAUACAAUAGAUUAGUUACCCAUAAUUAUUUCAUAAUCAUAAAUAAAUGGCAUACCCUGUUUUGUUCCUUAA